AUGUCGUCACACACCCGCGUGGCUCUGGUCACCGGGGCCAACAAGGGCAUCGGCUUCGCCAUCGUGCGCGACCUGUGCCGGCAGUUUUCGGGGGACGUGGUGCUCACGGCGCGGGACGAGGCGCGGGGACAGGCGGCAGUGCAGCGGCUCCAGGCCGAAGGACUGAGCCCCCGCUUCCACCUGCUGGACAUCGACGACCUGCAGAGCAUCCGCGCCAUGCGCGACUUCCUGCGCAAGGAGUACGGGGGCCUGGACGUGCUGGUCAACAACGCGGGCAUCGCCUUCAAGACUAAUGAUCCGACACCGUUUCAUAUUCAAGCAGAAGUGACGAUGAAAACAAACUUCUUUGGUACCCGAGACGUGUGCACAGAACUGCUGCCUCUAAUGAGACCCCAAGGCAGAGUGGUCAAUGUGUCUAGCAUAGUGAGCCUCAGAUCGCUUAAAAACUGCAGCCUAGGACUGCAGCAGAAGUUCAGAAGUGAAACCAUCACAGAGGAGGAGCUGGUGGAGCUCAUGAACAAGUUCGUGGAAGACACAAAGAACGGGGUGCACAGGAAGGAGGGCUGGCCUGAUACUGCAUAUGGAGUGACAAAAAUUGGUGUCACGGUCCUGUCCAGAAUCCAUGCCAGGAAACUGAGUGAGCAGAGGAGAGGGGACAAGAUCCUCCUGAAUGCCUGCUGCCCUGGGUGGGUGAGAACAGACAUGGCUGGACCUAGAGCCACUAAAAGCCCAGAAGAAGGAGCAGAGACCCCCGUCUACUUGGCCCUUUUGCCCUCAGAUGCUGAGGGACCUCACGGGGAGUUUGUUAUGGAGAAGAAAGUUGAACAAUGGUGA